AUGUCACAGCAAGAUGAUAUGCUCCCACGGCCGCUACCAUCGGCGCUGACCUUCGAACUUGCUUCGAGAUGCUCAACCACCAAAGCCCGAGCAGCGACCCUCAACCUCCCACAUGGACCGGUCCAACUACCCAUGUUCAUGCCCGUGGCUACGCAGGCUUCUUUAAAAGGCCUCACUCCGAAGCAACUUGAGGAGACGAGCUGCAGGCUAUGCCUCAACAAUACCUACCAUUUAGGUCUCAAACCAGGGCAGAAGACGUUGGACAUCAUAGGCGGAGCACAUAAGCUGCAGUCAUGGCCACACAAUAUCUUGACAGACAGCGGCGGCUUCCAGAUGGUCUCACUCUUGAAACUUGCCCAGGUCACCGAAGAAGGCGUACGAUUUCUCAGUCCUCAUGAUGGAUCUCCAAUGCUCCUCACUCCUGAGCACUCAAUCUCGUUGCAGAACUCCAUCGGGUCCGACAUCAUCAUGCAACUGGACGAUGUGAUUGCGACGACCUCGCCCGACCACGAGCGAAUCAAAGAAGCGAUGCACCGCUCCGUGCGCUGGCUCGAUCGCUGUAUUGAAGCCCACAAGAAGCCCGACUCCCAGAACCUCUUCUGCAUCAUCCAAGGCGGCCUUGACCUGGACCUUCGACGGGAAUGCUGCAAGGAAAUGGUCGCGCGGGACACACCUGGCAUUGCCAUUGGAGGUCUCAGUGGAGGCGAAGCCAAAGCUGAGUUCUGCAAAGUGGUCGAUACUUGCACUGGUCUGCUUCCCACGCACAAGCCGCGAUAUGUCAUGGGAGUGGGCUACCCGGAAGAUAUCCUAGUCUCCGUCGCUCUCGGGGCCGACAUGUUUGACUGUGUGUGGCCCACCCGCACUGCGCGGUUUGGGAACGCCAUCACGGACUCCGGUUGCUUCAACCUGCGGCAUGCUUCGUAUGCUUGCGACUUCGGCCCCAUCGAAGAAGGCUGCAAGUGUAUAUGUUGCAAGCCAGACUCUGAAGGUGGCCUCGGCAUCACGAGGGCAUACAUUCACCAUACCGCCUCCAAGGAAACCGUAGGAGCGCAUCUCCUCAGCAUGCACAACGUCCACUACCUCCUGAACCUCAUGCGCCGAGUCAGAGAGGCUAUCAUCGAGGACAGAUAUCCCGAGUUCUUGAGAACACAUUUCAAGAAGCUUUACAGCGACGAUCCACCCACCUGGGCUGUGGAUGCACUUCGAGGCGUGGGCGUGGACUUGUUGGGAUGA